ACACUUAGCUUAUAAUUUUCCAGAUUUCACACACGCGUGCACCAAAGCGUACUCUGCGACGACAUUUAGGGUUUUACGAGUGACAGUAGAAUUAUUGAAAUCUCAACUCCAUGGCGGACGAAGAUUACCAAGAUGUCGACGAUUUGGGGUACGAGGACGAGCCAACGGAGCGGGAGAUUGAAGAAGGAGUAGAGGACGAUGUUGAGAUGAAGGAGAAUGAUGAUAUCACUGGUGAACCGAUUGAAACGGAAGAUAAGAUAGAGCAGGAAGCAGUACAACGUCCACGUGAGACAUCAAAGUUCAUGACCAAGUAUGAACGAGCUAGGAUACUCGGCACUCGUGCUCUCCAGAUUAGCAUGAAUGCUCCUGUGAUGGUGGAGCUGGAGGGUGAGACUGACCCACUUGAGAUCGCAAUGAAGGAGCUUCGACAGCGUAAGAUACCUUUCACCAUCAGGCGUUACUUACCUGACGGGAGCUUUGAAGAUUGGGGAGUCGAUGAACUCAUUGUGGAAGAUUCAUGGAAACGUCAAGUCGGUGGUGAUUAAUUGGAAAAAAUUACGAUCUGUAGCUUCUUCUCUUAAUGUUAUAUGCAGGUUAAUCAAACAAAGUGAAACAUAGA